GCCAUGCCGGUGGCGGUGCGGGCGGUGCGGCUGGGGCUGUGCCCGUACGCGGCGGCGGUGCGGGCGCAGGAUCGAUGCGUGGGGCUGGCGCGGGACGGCGCGGAGAGCGUGGUGCUGAGCGAGCCGGCGCGGCCCGUGUACGCCUGGGGGCUGCGGGGCGCGCCGAGCGCGGCGGCGGCGGCGGCGCUGCGGGCGCGGGGCGCGGGGCUGGCGGCGGUGCGGCGCGGCGGGCACAUCACCUUCCACGGGCCCGGGCAGCUGCUCGCCUUCCCGGUGCUCGACCUGCGGCGGCGCCGCCUGCCGCUGCGCCGGUACGUGGAGGCCCUGCAGGCGCUGGUUCUGGGGCUCUGCCGCCGCCUCGGGCUGCCGGCCGCCCGCGCGCUGCCGCCCCCCCUCACCGGCGUCUGGGUGCGCGACAGCAAGCUCUGCGCCAUCGGGGUGCACUGUGGCCACUACAUCACCUCCCACGGUCUGGCACUGAACUGCUGCACUGACCUCAGCUGGUUCGACCACAUCGUCCCUUGUGGACUGGAGGGAAAAGGUGUCACUUCGCUGAGCCAUGAGCUGGGGCAGCAUGUCACCGUUGACGAAGUCCUCCAGCCCUUCCUCGACUCCUUCCAGGAGGUGUUUGACUGCACCUUUGUCUUUCCGGAAGACCCCGAGGACUAGAGAGCCCCAACCCAUCAGCAAGCUGUUUUGGCAAACCCUUGGUGUGACUGACAACUGGUGUGGCAGCCAUUGCCAUCUGAGGCUUUAUUGUGAGACGAGCUCUCGUGCCUUUGCUUAUAGACCAUGUGUGAAUGGUGGCACAGAAUUUUGGGCUAUUGCUUUAACAUCAAAUCCUCUGUUGGGGCUGCUCUCUCCGGCCCCACAGGUCUCCAUCCCUCACCUGAGAUCUCCAGGGGUACCAUGUCCCCAUCACUUUGCUGGGGAAAUGCCCAAACAGGCACUGUUGUGUUUUUUUCCUUCUACCUCUCAACAUCAAAAAAUCCAAAGUCUAGGUGAACACUCUUACACCCUUUGGACAAGAGGAAGAGGGACUGGUUGGUUAAGCAUCCUUCCUCACUGCUGUGUAAAAAGAGGCAGAUUUUCUAUAAAGAGAGUUGCUGGAAA